AUGGACCAGGAUCGCAGGGUCUUUUCAGGGUCCGCUGUUCAUGAGUCCCUUAAAACACUUGGCUGUCGCAUUUCGCUAUUCUCUCACCCCCCUCAUCCGCCAAUUCUCUCGUUCUGUUUCUCCUCUCUCCUCGCGGAACCAGCAUCCACUCCUUUGCUACUGGGGAAUACCCACGAGUCAUUCUCUAUGCUGCCCACCAUGAAGGUUACCAUCCUCUCCGCUAUUCUGGCGCUCUCGCUUUCCGCGCACGCUCUGUCUAACGAUUUCGUGGGCUGCUACUCGUCCUCCGGCAGCUUGGUGAACAAGGGCUCCAGUGAAUUCCAAUCCACGGGAUUAUGCACAAGUACUUGCGGUCGCAAUGGUGCGAGAUAUGCUGCUACCACAAAUAGCGUUGACUGCUACUGUGGCUCUUCGCUGCCUCCGAGCGCGAAGCUCGUCUCCCAGUCAGAGUGCAAUAUCAAUUGCCCAGGAUUUCCAGAGGACCAUUGUGGAGGCAAUGGCUUCUGGUCCGUUCACCAGACCUAUAUCACGGGCGAUGACGUCGACGGCGACGACAACAACAACACAGAUGAUGGGGAUGGGAACAGCGAUUCGGGCGACAACUCCGGGAAUGGUCCAAACGAUGGCCCUGGUAGUGGUUUCGGCGAUGGCCCAGAUGAUGGUCCAGGAAAAGGCCCAGGGGGCGGACCGGAAACUACGACAGCAUCCAGCAUCACCAUCUAUCCCACUCCUUCUGCUGUCAUCACGGUGACAUCGGCCGCCGCUAUGACAGGCACCAGCUCCCCGUCUGCCACUAUUCCAAGCAAGGAAUCGUCCAGUGUCUCCGUGGCGACGGUGUCGCCAACCACGGCCACGUCGGGGGCCAGCCGGCGAUUCCGGUUCCUGUUUUUCUAA